AGCUGUGCGCAGCCGCAGAAUGCACGUGUGGAUUUCAUGUAGAGGGCAGGAACGCAGCAGUUUUGUAUGGUUACAGGUCGUGUUAAAGGUUAAAUAAGGGAUAUUAAUGUUAAAUGAAACUGUCGGGCUCAGUAUUUUAGGAUUAGUGGGCUUUUGUUUGUUUAAGUGAAGCUGUUAUUAGAACCUCUGGACUUGCUCUAACUUGUUUAAGUAUGUGGGUAUCCAGCUUUCAGCAUCCAAACAGGUUGCUUUUUGUUUGUAGCAAAAGUUUGCCCUCCAGGUUGGGCUCUCAGUUUGCAUGCUACCACGUGACAGCUUCUCUUUGGCACUCAAAGGACAGGAGCAGCUUCAAACCUGAGGGGAAGAGAGCACGCAGAGAGUCUGAUGGAGGGCAGGACCUUGAGAGGUCUGUCCAGAGCACAGCUGAGGGGAAGAGAGCACGCAGAGAGUCUGAUGGACGACAGGACCGUGAGAGGUCUGUCCAGAGCAAAGCUGAGGGGAAGAGAGCACGCAGAGAGUCUGAUGGACGGCAGGACCGUGAGAGGUCUGUCCAGAGCAAAGCGUGGAAAAAUGAGAUCCCAAUCCUGCAGAGGCCCGACCAGAGGAGGAGAGACGACCGCAGGGUGUCACCUGAGCUCAGGAAGUUGUGUCUGGAGGAUUUCCACCCAGACAGGGAGAGGCCGCUCAGACAGAAGACAGCUCUGGACUCCAAAUCAGAGGACUGUGAGGUUGUCUUUGGCAUCUCCCCCUGCCUCCUGGCUCUAACUCAGGGUAGAAGAAAAGCCAAGAAACUGUUUGUCAAAGACGGCGAGGCCUUUCAUAGGGAGUCUGUGAUAAAGGUGUGUGAGGAGGCUCAUAAGCGAGGAGUUCAAGUCCACAGGGUCAGCAGGAAAGAUCUUGACAAGAUGUCUGCAGGACGGGUUCAUCAGGGAGUUUGUCUGCAGGCCAGCCCUCUGAGCUACCUCACCGAAACAAGAGACUCUGCACCCAGAGGAAAACCCUCGACCCCUCCUCUGUGGCUGGUCCUAGAAAAAAUACAGGACCCUAUGAACCUGGGCGCCAUCCUCCGCUCUGCAUACUUCCUGGGCGUGGACAGAGUGGUCAGCAGUCUUCAUCACAGCUGUCCGCUGUCUCCAGUGGUCAGCAAGGCCAGCUCGGGCGUCAUGGAGGUGAUGGAGUUGUACGGGUGUGAUAACCUUGAGGAGACGCUGAGGUCAAAGGCCACACAGGGCUGGGAGGUGGUCGGCACAGUGGGAGCUGAAGCAGAGCAGUCUCAGGUCUCUGUCACAAAGUGUUCAGACUUUCAGAUGACCAGACCCACGUUGUUGUUGAUGGGGGGCGAGGGGGAAGGACUGUCCAAGGAGCUGCUGUCUCUGUGCCAAACCCUGCUCACCAUCCCGGCCGGGAGAGACCUGUUCCCAGGUGUGGAGUCUCUGAACGUCUCUGUAGCUGCAGGGAUCCUGCUGCACACUCUGCUGUUCUCCAGGAGCUCCAGCAGAUGAUACCCAGCACAAAAAUCUACUGUACUUGAACCAAACAUCCCUGGGACCCAAGAAAAUGUGACUAUCUUUGUGUUAAGAGUCAUGAUUGUUGUUGAAACAAUAAAUAUUUUGAUGCUGCCUUUUGAAUAUUCUUACACUGAUGAGAUUCUGUAUUCUUGCUAAUGUCAAACAAGUUCAAUGAAAAGCAAGGAAUAAAAUCAUAUUUAUGCUUAAA